GAAACUCUUAUUGGCCUGAUGUGCUGAAAAUUCAACAACUCCUCAAGCAUGACUUGUAGCUUUAAAUUGGGGAAGGCUACCAAUAGGCUAAGUAUCAUCAUUAUUCAAUUAACCAACUGGGACAGAAAUAGAACAGCGUCACCCAUGCCUCUCUCUAAAGCAAUCGCAUCGAACAAACUGCGAUAGCCUACAGUUUGAGCGGCACUUAAUUUCUUUGAAGACGUAAACGCAUGAUGAACUGCAGAUUUGAGGGCUUGGCUCUAGGAAGCUAAGUCAUUGAGGCCUACCCAUAGGCUAGUGUACCAGUCUGUUUAUUAAUUGGCCCUGGCCUACUCGCAGGGCAUAGGACUGUUAUUUGUUUUCUCACGAUGUGGCAUAUUUGGUUAUUCAAAGUAGCAGUUUAUUGUGGAUAUGUGGUUGCAUCUGCGGAAACUGACAAAAGUUUGGAGGAAAAGGGGCAACUUCAUCUCCAGAGGCUGCAACAGUUUGCAAGUCAACCACGCUACGGUGAAUGCUGGUCACGAGCCUUGGAGAAAAUCCAUACAAGAUGUCGGGAAUUUACGGAUGAGACUCAAAGCAAAAUAGCCUUGGCUUUCACGCACUGUCACCUUAGAAGAUCAGACCGACCUUUUCCAGAAUGUCCAGAGGGCAGUGAAAUCCGCUUCUGCACCCGUGACAUGGAUCCUGUUGCUUUCAAUACGUACACUGAAUUUUUCACUCAUGCCCAUAGUAUCUGCCACUACUUGCAAAGUGAGCGCUGGCAGCAUCGUGCUGAGAAUACAAUUCACAGGCUGACUGAAAGUUCAGCAGGAGUGGCUGAGAGGUUGGUGUCCACACAACGCAUGGCAGAGGACCUUAUGAAGGCUCAGAAUGCUGCCCUCAGGUCCCAGGAGACUAUCCUACGCAACGGAGAAGACCUCAAGACCACGUUACUCAGCUCCACUCAAGGAAUGAGAAACAUUUUUGAAGAGAUGAGUUCUUCGGUGCGCGAACAGCAGGUGGCAUUUGCUGAAAUCUUCAACCGAGUGGCCUUCUUGCAGAGCUUCAUCAUGUCUGAGUCGCACACUCUGAGCUGUGUGCUCUAUAACAGUCUGGCGUUCAUCGCUGCUUUCCUCCUCACAUCUGCACAGCGCAUUUCGAGAGCCAGGUUUGUCCUUUUUGGACUGGUGGCUCUAAAUGUAUACCUCGAAAGAUGGAUAUGUAAGACUGUACUUGAUGGUGACAAUCCUGGAUACCAACAGAUGGAGCAAAUCGGCUAUUUAGUUGCUAUCCUUAGAAGAACCAUGGUUCUCAUUGGACUGCUGGUUCUGGUGUAUGUGGCUGUGCGGUACCGUAAUGUAAACAGAGAAAGCUUGGAGAUAUUGAAUCAGCUGAAGGAAACCCAUUCAAAUCUCCAGCAGGCCUUAUAUAAAGCAGAGUGUCUUUCAGAAGCAGUAGGUGGGCAAAGGCAUAUUUGGAAAGACAACGUGGGCAGUCCAGCCCAUUCAUGUAAGAGCUCUUUUCAAAAUACUGCAUUGACCUUCAUGGAGAGCCCGUCCUUGUCUGAAUCCCAUGAAGGCUGGCUGCAUGAAAGUAUUGAUCGGCCAGGUCAGGCCUCUGCCUCCCAUGAGUCCAGACGGUCUCAGAGAUCCUCUGGCUCACGUGUCAAACAAUCAUCUGCUCUGGUCUACAGUGUGAUGGUGGAGGACAAACAGCAAAGGUAUAGUCUACGCAGUCGAAAGUCCCUCUCCACUUCUGACCAAAGAAAAUGACUGAGAUUUGUGUAACACUUUUCUUUUUU